AUGGCGAUGUUCAAACUUGAUUUCGAUUUCGUUUCUCUUCUUCAACCACCAACACCAACACCAACAUCGACACCAACAUCGACGCCACCACCGCCCAUCGCCACCACGCUCCGACCUUCCGCCGCCAUCGCACCGCAGGGGACCAGGGACGAACGUCAAUCCGAAGUCGCUGUCGCAGCGGUAAGCUCGUACCUCUCUGUGGCCGCGUCCUCGAUCCCAUUGCCUCACAGUUGCUCCGUUCAAAGGUACUCGCCUCACGUCGUCCCCGCCGCUUCUGCCCAACUUGAGGUACGGCUUCGAUCUCAACUCUGUGCCCUCCAAACGACACUCAUGUUCCGUUCUGUCCACAGCAUGUCCUCCGAAAACCGCCCUCAUCUUCCCGAGGUCUACAAGGUGGCGAUUUGGCACAACCAGAGCGGGCUCAUCGUCUCUCCGUUUGGCCGAGGCCUGCCUCUCACAACGACCGCGAGGCAUGAUUCAAUGCACGCUCACGAUUACCACUACCCUCGCUGCGUCAUGGACGACAACAUUUUCCUUGCCUUCUAUCCACGCCGGCGUAUCGACUACGGCUUCCUCUUCCGCGUCCUCGCCGUCAGCAACGACGAUCUCGAUGCCGCUAUAAAGCAAAGUAGCAAGAGCCCGCCCUCUUUCUUUCUCGAUUUCGCGAUCCAGGAGAAGUGGGCGUCGUUGGAGAACCUGUUGCUACAGGUCACCAAGAAUCUCCUCGAAGGCCACCUCUCCUACCGCGCCAUGCCCGACAUCGACUACCCCCGUCUUCCCCAUCAGUACGGGUACCGGCACGAGCAUCGCGAGAAGGAAGUCGCGUACCGCUGCGCCAGGCGGGCUCGCGAUGCAUUUACGCUCCUCCGGGCUUGGAAUUACCUCGCACACCUUUCUGUCGACCCUAUCCCUCGCACGGCCCUUCAAUAUCUACAAGAGUCGAUCGUCUGUGACUUCAGCGCCGCACUGCGCCCUGGUUGCUUUCUUGACCCGUACUGCACGCGUUGGGGAGGGCUUCUCUGUUUCUUCGUUCGGGCAAGGGUCCCUGUAUGGUUGAUUUGGGGCCUAGAGGCCGAAUACUCCAGCAAGCUGACCCUCCACAAGGAGAUGCGCGACGAAUACUUCCCUCCAGCCGACUUCAUCCAGCGCGCCAGGCAAACCGCAGUCCCAUUCACUAACACCAUCCUUCCCUUCGCUCACACGUACACCGGACCGACGUCGUCAUCCAGCACCGCGGCGCUGCGCGACCCAACCCCGAGCCCCGUCGCCUUCACCCACGACGGCGCACGGAACCGCGAAGGCUUCCAAGAAGGCAGCGAGGCCCCGCCCAAGGACACGAUGCUAAUUCCGAUUGAGGCGGGAUCUGGACAGAAGAUGGGCGAGACGUGGGAGGGGUUUCGAGCGCGCCUGGAGAAGGCUCUUGCCACCGCGAAGGCAAAUCCAGAUGUGGGAACCACCACCACAACCACUACCACAACCAGCACCUCCACUGCCUCCACCCUUUCCUUCGCUCCUAGCACCGCAUUUGCAUUUGCCUUCACCUUUGUCGUCACUGCUGCUGCUAUCGUUACCACCACCUCUGCUGCCACCAGCUCUUCCGUUUACUCCGCCCUCCUCAAGACCACCACAACCCAAGGCCUCCCGUGGUAUUGUGGGUAUCACCCGCACUAUCCACCUGAAAUCUCGCAAGUUGCAAGUCCCCUGUGGUGCUGUGGGUCUCACCCACAUUAUCCACACCAAGCCGGAUCUGCCCUAACGUUCUCAAGACCGAAGACUCUUCCUCAUCCGACCGUACCGUAUUCCGUGUCGUUCUCCAGCUCCUCGAUUGGAACACCACUCUCUCAAAGUCUCCCCACUAAUCCCUCAGCUCCACUAAACUUGGUUUCAACUUCCUUAGCAGGGCAUCUCUACAAUAAUGUCCGACUCCUCCCUGCGGCGCAAACUGCCAGAAUGGUGUCGCAAGGCACUAUGGCAUUCGACCUCCGGUUUGGUUGUCUGCUCAUCCAACCACAGCCUCCCUCUCAAGCCGCUGGCGACAAAACGGAAGACUUGGAUUUCACCAAACCCAGAAAGGUGUCGGACGACAACAUCUACCUUGCGUUCGUGCUGGUCCAGCACUAUGGCUGUGGAGAACUCUUCUCUGCCAUCCAACUGCUCGGUCCGCAUCUCUUCUCCACAAUAGAACCAAUUCCCUUCACCGACCCUCCUCGCUAUGGCCUGAAGUCGGAGUAUAUGGAUGCCUGGAUUGAUUUGGAAAACGCCCUCCUCACCAUAUGCUAUGAGCUCCUUGACAAGCACACCCAAAGCCACCAAUUUCCAAAGCUGAGCUACCCGAUGUGGCCUUACCAAUACGGCUACCAGGAGGGGCACAAUUCCAGAGACCUCGCAGCAAUCGCUUGUUGGAAUUCACAGAACACCUUUCAGGGAUGGAUACCCAGCCGUUCCCGCAGUCCUACCUCACCCUCCUUCGACACACAGUGGUCUGCAACCUCGCACCAUAUCUGCACGCAGGUUGUUUCCUCAACCCUUACACGACAAAGUGGGCCCCAUUUCUCAAAUGUUUCACAAGGGCGAAACACCCCUGUGUGGCUUCUAUGGGGCCAUGACUACAACAAGACCAAGACCGUUGACCCCUACAUGCAGAAGUACUACCUCCCCCCAAACCACACCAUAGACCUAGCUAGGUCCGAAGCCUCCACCCUCGCUGAAGAGAUGAAAUGCUGGGCUGUGGCAUUUGCUUCUAUUCCUGCACCAACGAGAGAUGUGCCACUUCCACACUUCGCCACUGCAUUCAGCGGCGAUGAGGACGGACUCCAGGAGCCCCAGUACAGCACCGCACCAGUGUCGGUCAAUCCCAUCGACUGCACUCUCAUCGUAGAUAGACGCUCAUGUCAGCUUCGGGGUCAAAACUGGAGUGCGUUCUUCCGACACAUGGAGGAUGCUCUGGAGACAAGGAGGCGAGAGGAGACCCCCGAAGAACGAGGUAGACGAGAGGGCAUCAAGAAGCAGGCUCUCCAGAAUGGUCACACCACCAAAACCCCCAUCUUCCUGUGGGAGCAGGAUGAAGUCGACACCACGUUCUGGCGCCGAACCCUCCUUCCAAAGGCCAAAAUCGAGAUCAACUGGGGCAACUACUCAAAAUUUCAAAGGAAAUUCUGGUCGCACAUUCGAGAGUGGGACCUCUGCCCCCAGCUUCCUCAUUUUCCAGAAGGAGUCAACCCAAGAGACUUUGAGAUGCCCGUCGAAGAGAUCGACGAUGUCAAAGAUGAGAGGUACAACUUUCUGUACUCGAAGCCCACUGUUCCUCCAAAGAAACCGCAGGACAAACACACAAAGAACUUCGCCUCUCGACUACUCACCUCCGUCUGA